AUGGCCCAGAAAACAACCCUCAAGGAAUUCGAGAGCGUCUUCCCCAAGCUGGAGGAGGCGCUCCUCGAACAUGCCAAGACCUACAAAAUUCCCGAGGAGGCCCUGCAGUGGUACAAGAAGUCCCUCGAGGUGAAUUCGAUUGGCGGCAAGUGCAACCGCGGCAUGUCGGUGCCAGACUCGGUGUCACUGCUGCUUGGGCGGCCCCUGAACGAGGACGAGUACUUCAAGGCGGCGACGUUGGGGUGGUUGACGGAGCUGCUGCAGGCCUUCUUUCUCGUGUCGGACGACAUCAUGGACAGCAGUAUCACGCGCCGUGGCAAGCCGUGCUGGUACCGCCAGGAGGGCGUCGGCAUGAUCGCCAUCAACGACGCGUUCAUGCUCGAGGCCUCCAUCUACAACCUGCUCAAGAAGUACUUCCGGGACCACCCGUGCUACGUCAACUUCCUCGAGCUCUUUCACGACGUGACGUUCCAGACCGAGAUCGGGCAGCUCUGCGAUUUGAUCACGGCGCCCGAGGACAACGUCAAUCUGGACAACUUCAGCAUGGAGAAGUACCGCUUCAUCGUCAUCUACAAGACCGCCUACUAUAGCUUCUACCUGCCCGUGGCGCUCGCGCUGUACAUGCUCAACAUCGCGACCCCCCAGAACCUCAAACAGGCUGAAGACAUCCUGAUCCCGCUGGGCGAGUACUUCCAAGUGCAGGACGACUACCUCGACAACUUCGGAUUGCCGGAGCACAUUGGCAAGAUCGGCACCGACAUCAUGGACAACAAGUGCUCUUGGCUCGUCAACCAGGCCCUGACCAUCGUGACGCCCGAGCAGCGCCGCGUGCUCGAGGAGAACUACGGGCGCAAGGAUAAGGACAAGGAGGCGGCCGUCAAGAAGCUGUACGACGAGCUCAAGCUGGAGCAGCGGUACAAGGACUACGAGGAGAAGGUUGUUGGUGACAUCCGUGGAAUGAUCGCUAAGGUCGACGAGACCCAGGGCUUGAAGAAGGGAGUGUUUGAGACUUUCCUGGACAAGAUCUACAAGCGCAGCAAAUAA